UGAUGAGAUCAUCAACGUGCGCGCUGCACAGACAAUACAGGCAGGCCCCAUUCUGUUGUAUCCGGCUGCAGUAAAAUGCAGUAAUCUAAGAAUUUGUCUACACGAUCAGAAUAUUGUGUCUUGUAUAUGAAAUAAUCGUAAUAUUUCUGAAACCAUGCAGUGUCCAGAUGACACUAGUCUAAAUACACCAGAAGAGAGAACCUGUCUUUCUUCUGCGCAAAGAAGAGCAGAAAUUCGGAGACGAAAAUUGCUCAUGAAUUCUGAAGACAGAAUGAACAGAAUUGUGGGUUUCACCAAAGCUGAAGCUGAAAACAACGGAUCAUCCAGAAGUGUUACGGCACCCGUGUUCCAUCUGGACUUGGACAGGAGCGACUCGUGGUCAACAUACCCCUCCCCCAGACUGUCUCCAUUCCUCCCAGAGGCAGUAGGCAGCAGCCACCCCCACAGUGAUCUCCCAGGGUAUCCCCUGCCAGACACCAGCGAGGUGCUGUGUGGCGGUGUGGACAAGGAUGUGACACCGGGCGUCCGUCAGAGGCCACGCGGAGAGGCCCAGCUGGCAGCUGAUGAGCCCAGCCACUCCGGAUCCCCACGCAGAGGGUUGCAGAAGUACCUUUCCCGCUUUGAUGAUGCCAUGAAGCUCAGAGGCCAACUGGCCAAUGAGAAACAAGCCCAGGAGGCAGCUAGCUCUGACCCAGAUGAGUUGGACUCCUUCAGGCUCUUCAGGCUUGUUGGCAGUGUCCUCCUUGCUAUCUUUGUCAGGGUUUUUGUCUGCAAGUAUCUGUCCAUAUUCGCACCAUUCCUCACCCUCGAACUGGCAUACAUGGGGUUGUACAAAUAUUUUCCAAAGGUUGAGAAGAAGAUGCAAACUACAGUGCUGACUGCCGCGCUCCUGUUGUCUGGUAUCCCUGCUGAGGUCAUCAACCGCUCCAUGGACACCUACAAGAAGAUGGGCGACGUCUUCGCUGACCUCUGUGUCUACUUCUUUACAUUCAUCCUCAGUCACGAGAUCCUGCUGUUGGUUGGUCCAGAGGAGGCUGAGACUCCCUGAUGGACAGGAAGUCCCUGUGCUAUGGCGGUGUCACAGAGGUGGACAUUAUGCUGACCCCUGAUACUGAUCCUUUACCCUACCUCCUUCUCUAUACCAUUUCCCUUCCUGAGUCAGUAGAUCCCAUAGGGGAGAGAGGGUCGAGGUGCAAUGUCCGCAGGUAGAUAAGGAAAGAAGACAGAAAUAACAGGUUGAACAAGGUAACAUAACAUUCAUUUGGGUUCUGACCCUCUACAACAUCUUGUCGAUAGGAGCUGCUUUAAGUUCCCUUUUAUUUUGCUUUCUACAGUGUUUAUAUAAGGGGUCCAGUUACUUUGCAAUUUUUGUUUUGUUUCUGGUGAAUUGAUUUAUCUCAUUUGGAAGACAGGAGAUGCAUUUGUCAUUCAGGGUUUUCUGAAUAUUGCCUAUGAUUUUUUUCACCCUUGUAUGCUUAAAGAGUCUAAACUCUUAUUACAUUUACCUUUUAAUCUGGGCUAGGAAAAGGAUAGGGCUCCCGAGUGGCUCAGCAGUCUAAGGCACUGCAUCUCAGUGCUAGAGGCGUCACUACAAACCCUGGUUCGAUCCUGGGCUGUAUCACAACCGGCCGUGAUUGUGAUUGGG